CAGAUCAGUAGGCAUUACAACCAACACUGCAGUCAUGGAUAAUCCACAGAGAAGGCCAAACGAGAACAAUGACACACCGUCCAAUGAUAUAUUUAGGCAAGGUGGAUCAACAAAGUACCCACCGAUUAUACCGUUCCUUGGAUUGCUGAACGCUGUGCUGUUGAUAACGGCUGUUGCUAUUGGAGUUAACUGUGCCAAAGUCAAAGAGGGCUCCUUGCACAUUUCCAACCCAGCUGUAACACAGCUCUUCAGUGAGCUCGACUAUCUCCGAAGCAACCACAGCGAUGUGAUCGAAGCUGAAGAGGAGGCCAAGAAGGCGUUAGAGAGCGCGAUCAACAACCACAAAGAAGUAAAGGUGAAAAUUGAGCAGCUGAAGACCGUCAAUGAUGGUUAUCAGAAACAGAUGCAAGCACUGCAAGUGGAGAAGGCAAACCUGAAGUCCAACAUAUCAGUUUUAGAGGGAUCUUGCGGCGGAUGCCUCCCUGGUUGGGCUCUUUUCAACUCGUCCUGCUAUUUCUUCUCCUACACCGAGUCCUCUACUGUCAAAAAGAACUGGCAUGAGAGCAGAGAGGACUGUGUUAGUCGUGGCUCUGACCUGGUUGUGAUCGAUAACCAGGAAGAGCAGAAAUAUGUGAGUAACAUAAUCCAAAAUAUGAAAACCAGUGAUAGUAAGUGGGAGAAUGGAUUCUGGAUUGGACUCACUGACAUGGAGAACGAGGGGAACUGGACAUGGAUUAAUAAUGUCACAGAGGUGCAACAAAGGUACUGGAUGGAUGGAGAACCAAACAACGGCGGACAUUUUGGAGAACAUUGUGGGGUUGCAGUUCACUCCGCCUUUAAUCCCUGGAAGACCCGCUAUGAUGGAAAUUGUGACUUGAAGCAGUUGCACUGGAUGUGUGAAAUGUAAAUAAGAAAAACUCUUCUCACUCCUGAUAUGAUGCUAAAAAAGCAUUUUUAACAAGAAAUAUUUUAUCAGUUUUUGGGUUAUUUUUCAUAUUCAGAGUCUACAACAGUGCAGUUAACAUUCUAAUUACUUUAGAGGUCUGUGUGAAAAUUAUUUGUUAUUAAAAGAAAUUCCACUAAACCUAAAGCCAGCCUGGUUAGUAUCAAGAAAAAAACUAUUAUAAUAAUAAUUAACAUUAUUUUGGAAGUAAAAGCAUAUAGAGUAAAUGCUAUGCAAUAGACAAGUUGACAUUAAACUGUAACACGUAUACCGUAUGUUUUUUAUGUGGAUCUACUUUUUUUGCUAUGGUAAUUGUUUGAUAUGCUUGUUCUUGUGUCUUUUAAUCGUGUAUUUCUGUUAUUUUUCUAAAUGAAUAAGGACAAAUGUGGAAACAUAAAUAUGGAUGGUUAGGUUCAUUGGAAUUUGUAGGCAGCACAGAAAACAUCUGUGAACUAAAUCUGAUUUUGCUAACAAACUUGGCAAGUUGCUCUGAAGUCAUGGCAAAGGCAAAAAAGAGAGACUGUUAUUAAAUGAAUUUGAUACAAUCAAUGUACACCCUUCAUAAGUUUCCAGUCCAUAACUGACAUAAAGAGAGAAACAACCCUUCACACUCUGCUGAUCUAAACCAGAGUACCUGCAGAACAGGGACCGCUGCACUGUGCUGUACCCAAAGUGGACUAUGUAUGAUCAUUGUAUUUUAUUAUAAUUAUACAGCACAGAAGAAGGAUCCUUGCACCAUGAAAAUGGCCUAGGAUUUUAUCAAAACUAGGCCACACAGCCAUGGCAGCAAGACAGGUGCAGAUAGAAAUGCUAAUUAAGAAAAAGUUUAUGAAGCAUGAAGAAGAAACUCAAACUCACAAUGUAACUGUCAGUGGUGCAUGAAGAGUUGGUGGAUGCAGUGUUAGGUGCACAAGAGCAAACCAAACAGCAACCAAACUGCAGAUGUUGCUCAGGGAGGAGAGGAAACUUAGCGCAUGUUUGAAUUCAUGGCACAUGCCAACAAUUCAUUUUUACAUGAACAUAAUGUACUAACCAGUGCUGAACGUGGGCUUCAUUUCUUUUGGACUUACUACAUCUUAUCUGUAGAAAGUACAUUUCGUUUAUGCAAAGAUAUUUUGACUUCUUCCUUUAAAAAAUUCUAACUAAAAUUUAACUAAAAAGGAAUUUAUCAUUCAGCUCAGCAGUAGUGCCUUAUUUUAACUCAGGGAACUAGAACUCUUGCACUGUCUCACCAUAAACGUCCUGUUUCCAUGAAGAUUCAUCCCAUUUUCUGUAUGUCACACUUAAAAUCUUUCAAGUGCAGCUGACUGUUAAAUCUUAAAAAGCGCAGAGCACUGAGUUUACAGAAGAAGUUUCAAGCCACACAAAUAGCCUUUAAAUCUAAUCAUGUAUGAUAAUUAUUUUAAAUGACUGAUCAUUGAUUAUGCAGCACUAUAGAAUUGACUAGACUUUCAGCACAUUCCUUGAUUUCUUAUAGAAAGUCAGCAUAUUACGAUCUUGUGUAUCAUCAAAUUAAAGGUUACACCAGAGAUUACUUUACUUUUAUUUUUGAUUCACUUUUGUCACUGAUAAAAGUUUGAACUGGAAUUCAGUGAUUAAGAACUAAUCAGCAGUGAGUUGUGUCGACACAGCAAAGUGUCUUGCCAGAUAUGCAUGUGACUGAUAUCAACUACUGGUUGUAAUUUUAAUGGUGGAUUUGAUUCACUCUUUUAUCAAGAAGAUGUGUGUGCCAUCCUCCUUACCUCUUUUUAAAGCCAUUGUUGAAAAUUUAUGGCAGUUACAUAAGAACACAAUUAAAAUCCAUCUAAUAACAUUCAUAUAUUUGACGGUCUGAGGUGUAACCCGGAGCGGUCCUCAGCAGGAAAAGGGUGGAAUGCCCACUCCUGGUCAGGAACAAGUCAAAGAUCCUCGUCACCUCCAAAGCCCACCAGCGGAGCCUCUGCUUCACAACAGCAGCUGUUAUUUUUAAUUUUUAAUAUAAUUGUUCUGUCCUGUUUCAAAUUAAACAUUUUAUAUGGAGAUAUUACACUCUGACUUUUCUUCACCCUAUACUUCAUUCUGCUCAAUAAAAUGUUAAUAUUGUCU